AUGAAAGGCGAUUGCCCAUCACAUAUUUAUGUGCCUCCAUGUGGAUGUGCAUUACAUACUGCCCUUCAAACUCUUGUAUCUCUUCUCACUUGCAUGAUUUCUUUAGUUUGUCCAGGAGAUAUGCUUAUUUGCAAAAUUUUCUUUUAUGCCUCGUAUUUUUUGCAGAUUAUAGACGACUGUGACACACGGAUGGGAGACACCGUUGAAGAAUUGGUAGAGAUGGUGGUACAGGUGCUACCCCCUCCAACAAUCCAAAUGGAAUCCAUUGAGGUAAUUGGCCAAGACAAGGAAGAAAAUCCGGAGGAGCGACAAAUGGAUGCAAGUUGA